UGGCGCUCUACAGGAAUUUGCGAAGGGAACGUGCAUUGUUCAUGACAGCGUGUCUGUUUGUGAGACGAAGCGAUUGACCAGCAUACGUUUGUCAUGAACGUAGUAGUUGAGUCUGUCAUAUUGGAGAGUGCAGCUCAAGAAAGCACUUCUAGAGGAGAUCAAGAGAUUGCGGAUGCACUUCAUCAGGAAAGAAGUGAACUUGGCGUGGGGGAAGUCGAUGAAGCAGGACAAACAGUCGCUCAUCAAUUACAGCAAUCAACACAGGCAGUAGAGGAAGAAAUUCGCGCACUGGCUGCGGAUGAGUUGCCCAGACGAGCGACAACGUUGAGAAACGAUGUUGGUAGCUACUUUGAUGGUAUUCGUCAUCGUCUAUUCGGUCAAACCGGAAUGCGCAUGGCUGGCAGGUUGUGCAGUGCAGCAGGGAUUUUGAUAGCGCAAUAUCUACAGUUCAACUCUGGAAAGAUAUCUUUAAGGGAUUUGCUAAAUUGCAUUUUUGGGGAGAUUGUAGAGCUGAUCGUUGACUUCAUUCAACCACAGUCUGAGAAUGUUGUUGUUCCAGUAACUGAGUUGCGGUCUGAUUCUACAAAAGAAUUGUUCACUAACGUAAUUGCAACAACUUGGACAUUGUUAUUUAUUUGCAGCAUGUUUCUAUGUCAUAGCAGCUACAGCUCAGAGAUACCUAGCUAUACCUAAUUUGAACUUACACGUACUAUUGAUGGCUGUAAAGCCGAAGUUGUAACUUAACUUAGACUUGAAUACCUGCGUUCAU